AUGCCGCACAACGCGGCGACGGUGACGCGGCCGGGAGAGGGGAAGGCGCCCCCGCGCGGGGCGGCGGUGCACAUGACGGAGCGACAGUUGUACGCGUUUCGGCAGCAGAUCGCGGCGUACGCGCACAUAUGUCAACAGUUGUUGCAGAUAACGACGGUGAGCGCGACGCAACAGACGCCGAGACAGCGUGAGGCGAGGUACGAGGUGCCGGGAUCGGCGGGCGCGCACGCGGGGGCGAACGCGAGCGCGCAGGCGUUCGCGGCGAUGGCGGCGAGCGGGACGGCGAACGCGCAGCAGAGAAAGACGUACGAGGAGGGACAGCGCGUCGGACGCGGGGAAGAUAAGGGCGUGCGAGGACCGAGAUGGAGUGGAACGCCGGAUCAGUACAAGAUUUUGGAGGAUUUGUUCUUGGCGGGCGAGCAACCGCCCGUGCGAGCGAGAUUGACGGAGAUUACGAAGCGGCUGCAAGAACACGGGCCCAUUCAAGAACACAACGUGUACAAUUGGUUUCAAAACCGACGGAGCAGGGAAAAGAAAAGGUUGGCGGAAGAACGCGCGUCGAACGAUGCGGCGCUCGACAAUCAACCGCUCGCGUCGCGGUACGGCGUGGGCGAACGAUGA